AUGGCCAAACCCACCGUCCUCCACCUCGGCGACGCCAUCAAGUACAACCACGACUUCUACAACACCGACUUUCUCGCCCGCUUCAAUGUCGUCCGCAAUGAAGCCCCAGACCGGCCUUCCUUCAUCCAGGCACUAAAAGAGAAACGGUACGGCGAUUUCGUCGCCAUCUUCCGACCAUUCUUCCAGACCGGCGGCGAGAUGGGCCAGUGGGACGACGAGCUCAUCGGACUGUUACCAGACUCUGUGCGCAUUUUCGCCUCGGCCGGUGCAGGCUUCAACUGGGCUGAUGUUGAGCUCCUUGGACGGCGCGGGAUCUGGUACGCGAAUGGCGCCGGUGCAUCGGACGAAGCAGUCUCAGACACAACGCUGUAUAUGAUUCUGUCGGUUUUUCGGAAUUUUACGCGCGCGCAACUGGCUGCGAGGACGACUGAUCCGGAGGUUUUUACUGCGACGCAUAAGCUUAUUGCUACCAUAUCGCAUAACCCGCACGGGCAUAUCUUGGGUCUGGUAGGCCUGGGGAAUAUCAGCAAAAAGGUGGCAAGGAAAGCGCAAGCCAUUGGAAUGUCGGUUCAUUAUUUCGAUGUUAUCCGGCAGACGCCUGAAGUGGAACAAAGCUUGAGUGUUACGUAUCAUGACACGCUGGAGAGUUUAUUGAAGGUCGCCGACUGUGUGUCGCUGCAUACGCCGCUGAACCAGCACACGAAGCAUAUGAUCAACAGCGAGAGCCUCAAGCUCAUGAAGCCAGGUGCCAGAUUAAUCAAUACCGCGCGUGGAGAGAUUGUGGAAGAAGAGGCUUUGAUCCACGCACUGGAAGAGGGCUCGUUGUCAGCAGCUGGUCUAGAUGUCCACUAUCAUGAACCGCAGGUCUCUCCCCGACUGGCCGCGAUGGAGAACGUCACAUUGACUACGCAUAUCGGGGGUGGUGCAUUAAACACACGCAUUAACUUUGAACUGACCGCGAUGAAGAACAUCCUGGCGACAGUGGGACCUCACGGCGAACUGAUUGGGGAGCCCUCCACCCCGGUCAACGCGAAAUAUGUCUUAGAAUAUCUAAAAUCCCACCAGUAG